AUGUCCAACGAGCCAGUCUCAAAUGGCACAAUAGUGCUAAUCCAUGGUCUUUGGAUGACCCCUCUGUCCUGGGAAUAUUGGAUUUCUAGUCUCAAAAGCAAAGGGUACACAGUUCUUGCUCCAGGUUGGCCAGGUGUUGACGACAGGACACCACAACAGAUCCGUGAUGACCCAAAGCCAAUGGCUAAUAAAAGUAUUGAUGAAAUCUGCGACCAUUACACUGAGAUUAUCACACGCUUACCUGAGCCGCCAAUAAUCAUCGGUCAUAGCUUUGGCGGGCUGUUUGUGCAGAUCCUUCUAUCUCGUGGCCUUGGAUCUGCCGGCAUCGCUAUCUGUCCAGCUAAUCCGGCGGGUGUUUUUGCGCUGCCUCUUAGCACAGUGAGGGCCACUCUACCAGUCCUGUCGAACCCCUUCGAUUACGAAAGUACAGUCAAGAUCUCAGAGUCCGAAUUUCGAUAUUGUUUUGGAAAUACUGUGUCUGAAGAAGAGAGCAAGGCUUUAUAUGACCGAUACUCCAUUCCCAGUAUUGCUCAUGUUCUCUGGCAAGGAGCUAUUGGUGGUAUCGUACAUCCCAAGGGAGUGUUGCACGUGGACUUUGGCAAGAGUGACCGCGCACCAUUACUCCUUAUUUCAGGCUCUAAAGACCAUGUCGUGCCACCACAAACGGUGAAGAAAGAGAUGAAGGCGUACCAAAAGGGAAGUGGAUUUGUUGAGUACAAAGAAUUUGAAGGCCGCUCGCAUGGCAUUGUCAAUGAGAGGGGAUGGGAAGAGGUAUUGGAAUAUGCUCUAGAAUUUGUGAAGAGGGAUAAAUCUCUAGCUUAA